AAUGGAAUAAUAAAUGGAAUAAAAUAGAAUGGUAAGUGGAGUAAAUUGUUGGAUUUGGAGGAUAAUAUCUCAUUAUCCCGACAAACUACACAUUCCCAGCCAUUACUCACUAAUUACUAUAUUAUAAUUAUUAAUAAAGUUAGUAUAAUUAUUGUUAAUACAAUUGUGUGAAUAUGGAAGAGUAUGAGUAUGAUGUGGUAAUAUAUGGAACGGGGCUGGUGAAUUGUUUAAUUGGUUCCAUAUUAACCAAGAAUAAUAUUAAAGUGUUACAUGUAGAUAAGUUUUCAGAUUACGGGAAUCACUUCAGAUCACUCAAUCUCACUCAAUUCCUCAAACUUUCCCAUCCCUCUCAUACCACUCAUACUAUUUAUACUACUACUGAUACAGUUGAUAGUAGUGUAGAAGAUACUGUAGAUGAUGUGGAGAAUGUGGAAGAUGGUGAGAAUGUGGAUAAAGUGGAGAGUACAGAUAAUAGUGCUGUUGGACCUGACACCGUAACGGAAAACCUAAAAUCAAUCCUACCGUAUGUAGAAAAUGAAGAGGACCGUAUAAGAGUAUGGGAAGAGAUGAGAAAUGAGAGUAACAAGUAUAAUAUUGAUGUGUACCCGAAGUUGUUUAUAAAGAAUUCACUAUUUUGCAAAUUCCUCAUUCAAACUAAUCUACACAGAAAUCUACAAUUCUGCACCAAUCACACACAAAACAUACUCUUCACCACUGUUAAUACUCUUAAUAGUACUUUAAAUAGUACUAAUGGAGAUAAUACUGAGGAUACGGGGAAUACGGGGGAUAAAGAUAAUACUAAGGAUAAAGAGGAUACAGGGGAGGAUACGGGGGAGGAUACGAGGGAACGGUGGAAUGAGUUGGUAUAUGAUAAGAAUAGUAUAUUUCGUAGUAAAUAUCUAAGUUUAAUAGAAAAAAGAUUACUAUACAAGUUCUUCACUAUCAUCAACUCUCACACUGAAGAUACUAAGAAUACUAAGGAUAAUACUGUAAAAGAUACUAAGAAUACUGUGGAUAAUACUAAGGAUAAUACUACUGAUACUGUGAAGAAUACUGAGGAUAAUACUAAGAAUAAUGAGGAUAGUGUAGAUGGUGUGGACUGGAUUGCCUAUAUGAGAAGUAAUAAUUUGAAUGAUAAAUUGGUGAAUUUGGUUAAUUAUUGCAUAUUGCUGGAUCGUUCUGUUAAUGUUCAUGAGGGUAUUAGUGGAGUUAAAGAAUAUUUAAAAGUAUUUAAUGAGAAUAAGAACUUUGUGAUUUAUUUUCUAUACGGAAUUGGGAACCUAAUACAGAAUAUCUCACGGCUGUCCUCUCUAUACAACUGCCACUUCAUGCUCAAUCAUACCAUCAAACACCUUAACACCCUUAAUAGUGUUAACACUGUUGAUACUACGGAUAGUGUAAAUACUGUAGAUACUGUAGAGAGUGUGGAGAAUAAGAAGAAAGAUUCUGAGGACAAUAGUACAGCUAGUGGUAGUGUAACUGAUGAAGAAACUACUAACACAGACACUGUGGAUAAUACUACAGAUACAGUGGAUAGAGUUGACGUGGUUAACAGAAGAUUGGAGUUGAUAUUGGAUGAGUAUAGGAUAUAUACGAGAUAUAUAAUUUCAGAGUAUGACAUUCCCAACUGUGUAGAGAAUGACAGUACAGCAGAUAGUUCAGAUGAGAGAGUGAUAAUAGUCUACAUAAUAAGUAAUAAAAAACUACUAAACGAUUUCAAUCUAUGCAUUGUCAUGCCCAAAUCCAAUUCCUACACCGGUAAUACUACCACCACUGAUAAUAUAGAUGACACUGGUAACACUAUGAAUACGGAUAAUACUAUGAAUACAGAUGACACGUAUGGUACAGAAAAGUUGGAUAAUAAGGUAGUGUAUAUAUUACAGGUGUGUAAAGAAACGUGUAAUACUCCGGAUGAUAAAUACCUAAUCUACUUCAUCACUAAGACUAGUGACGGUAGUGAGAUAGUUGUGAAUGCUUUAGUAGAAGAGAUGAUGGAGUUAUAUGUAAGAUUGGGAAAUGACUUAAACACUAUUCUAUACACCACCUACAACACUUUCAACACCCACAAUACCAUACACAUCUUUUCUCCCUGCUCUAACACUACCACUACUAUUGAUACUAGUGUUAAUGAUACUACUGGUGUCACAGAUAUUGGUAGUGUUACGGGUGUUGGAGGUAUUGUGGAAUAUGAGGAGUUGAGGGGUGAUGACAUGAGAAUAUAUAAAUGUAAGUAUAAAAGUGACAAUGUAAUAUUAUUAUCAAAUGAGUUAAACAUCUCACAUCACAUCUCACAGUUCUUUCUAUCACUCUACAAUAAUCACACUGACAACUCUGUUAACACUGGUAACACAAUGGGUACUGUUAACACCAGUAACACAGGAGAUAAUUCUAACACUGUAGAGAAUACUGUGAGUGUAAAUAGUGUGGAUAUGUUGGAGGACUAUUUGAAGUAUAAAGUGGAGGAGGAGGAAGGAUUUGAUAUAAACUGUGAAUUUCUCAAUGACCUAAUUAGUAAAUUCUCAUUCCAGUAAUUUUUCGUUCCAGUAAUUUUUCAUUCCAGUAAUAUCAGAAA